AUGGGGCGCGGGAAACGAGGACAGGAGGCGGAGGACGACGACGAGGACGAGUGGAGCGCGUUGAGUGAUGGGGAGUGUAGUUGUUGCAGCGAAGGGAAUAGCCGGAGUGGGGUCAGGAGCGGGAGGAGCUCUCAUAGGGGUAGCGGAAGCAGCAGUAGUCGGCGUUCGUCAGACUCGAGCUCGCCGGAGAGUGUGCGGUCGGCCGACGCCAAGGCGUGGGCGGCACGUCGGCGCGAUCCUCGCGUCAACGGCGCGGACAUCUACGUCGCCCGCGUCACAAAGUCAGGGAUGGGCUCCGCCCGGCCGUGUUGGCGCUGUCUGGAGUGGUGUCGCUGGGCCGGUGUCAAGCGUAUCUUCCAUUGGAACGCCGACGCGGGCACGUUCGACGCUGUCAAGGUCAACAGCGCCGACCCGAAUAAGUACGAAACGCACGCGGACGUACGGCUGUUCGCCGGACUGGGUUAUUGA